AAUGGAGCUUCAGAGAGUCCAAAAAGGGUCCCAGUUGAAAGAUAUUGAAAAGAAGGUAGAUAGCACAGACCAGCAAAUUAGAAGGAAAAGUACUCAAAACUUUGUUAUUCAAGUGCUUCCUCACAUGAAGUAUAGAUAUGGAAGAUUUCUUUAUUUUGAUGAAAACCAAGAGCCUGUCUGAAUUAUGAAGAAAUCUAAAUGCUCUCCUUUUGUCAGGGUUCCAUUCUUUCAGACAAUAGCUGUCUGCCUUGGAGAUAAGAGCAGUAAAAAAAAAGAAAUGAAACAAUUUGUUAAGAAUUUAGCUAAAUCUUCGGUAAAAGUAGAUUUAAGAGUUUAUGGUAGUUAUGUGUCCUUUCAUAGUUUCUCAUCAAUGGCUAAUGAUUUUCUGAAAAUCUUUUCUAAACAACAUGAAGUCCUCAGACUUCAUCAUAUCAAGUUAUCUUAUAAAAUGGUAUUUAGGAUUAUAAUAGCUUGAUCUCAACUAAAAGAAAUAAGAUUUGGUGAUUGAAUCUUUUCAGAUGGGACUAUGAAAAAAAGGCCUGUUGUAGGAACAUCGAAGUUAAAGAAUCUAAACUUUAUCAGAUCCUAAAAUGAACAUAUCCAUAGUUGCUGGUUUGACAUACUUACCUUGAAUCACCACACUUAAGGACAUCCUACUACUUGAGUGAGGAAUUACUCCUAAAGAAGUCAGAAAUAUUAAGAAGAAGCAUCAAUUUCAUAAUGCUGUUGUUAUUGUGAAAAAUG